CGACAACACAGCGGUUUGAUCAUAGAGCUGAAACUGCUACUAAUUGAAUACCAGCCUCUGCUUUCAACUUCAGAAAGCAGGGAGCAACAGCACCCGUCCGAACUGCCUCGCCAGCAUGACAAUCAACACAGUAAACCAAGGAGGACCUUACAGAAUGCAAGCGCCGUGCUUUAGCAAGAUGGAGCGGGUAAUCGUAGCCAUGCAAGACCCCGAUGUCGGGAUAAAGAUGCGAAACCAAAGACUUGUGAUCACGGUUAUCCCGCACGCAAUUACCGGAAAUGAUGUGGUGGACUGGCUGAUGCACAAGUUUAACGUCACCGAGGAAGAGGCGUUGCACGUGGGGAACCUCAUAGUGAAGUACGGCUACAUCUACCCACUGAAGGAGCCCAAGAACCUGGUGCUCAAGCCUGACGAGACUCCCUACCGCUUUCAGACUCCGUACUUCUGGACUACGAACAAGUGGCCCACUUCUGAGCUUGAUUACGCAAUUUAUUUGACAAAGAAGAACAUCAGCAAACAAGGGGAUUUGAUUGAGUACGAGAAGCACAAUUACAAUCUGCUGCACAAACGUAUCAACCACACAUGGGACUUCGUGGUGAUGCAAGCCAGAGAGCAGCUCAGGGCAGCGAAGCAGAGGAGGAAAGCUGAUCGGAUUGUGCUGGAGUGCCAGGAACAGGCCUACUGGCUUGUGAACAGACCUCCGCCAGGCACUUUCGACGUCUUGGAGCACGGCCCUGAGCGAGGGAACUGCCUGCAUUCCCGAGUCCAGCUGAACAGCGAAUACUACAAAAAACAGAUUGAACUCACGAAGAAAGCCUUGAUUCGGCCGCGGGUCAAGUCUUCCGUCUGCAUGGAGUGGUUUAUGAAGUACACUGAACAGUAUCAAUCCCAUGAUCCCAUCAUGGCAGGAUGCCUUCCCAGCAACCCGUGGAUAACUGACGACCCCAUGUACUGGUCAAUGAACGCCAGCAAUGUGGCGAUCCCAACCAAGCUGAGGGUAGAGCGCUGGAGCUUCUCCUUCACAGAGCUGCUCAACGACCCACUGGGACGCAAAGAGUUCAUGCAGUUCCUGGAGAAAGAGUUCAGUGCUGAGAACUUGUGCUUCUGGGAGGCAUGUGAAGACCUGAGACAUGGAGAGCAUUCAAAGAUAGCGCAGAAGGUGGAGGAUGUGUACCAACAGUUUCUCGUACCCGGGGCCAGCAAGUGGGUGAACAUUGACAGCAAGACGAUGGAGAAGACCCUGGAGGGGAUCAAAUCACCACACCGCUACGUCCUCGACGACGCACAGAUGCACAUCUACCUCCUGAUCAAAAAGGACUCCUAUCAGAGGUACAUGAGGUCACAGAUGUACAAGAGCAUGCUUGCCAGAGCCAUCGUACUGCAGGAAACCAAGAAAGGCCUCAGCAUGUUUCCCUUCACGAGGAGGCACCGUCACUCCAGCCCGAGUCCCGCCCUCCUGACUCAGCCUGGAGAGGAUGCUGGGAAAAGUAAGCCCCUCGCGACGACCACGCCCGGAACCGUCUCCCAGGUGGAGGAAUAAAAGAAAGCCAGCGCUCGGCACUCGCUGCUCCCCUCUUUCUCCUGAGAGCUCUCCUGUCUUCCAGCUGCUCUGCAGUUCCCACCUCCAGCGCCUCACUGCAGCUGUGUGUGUGUAUACCUGGACCAGCAGGGAGGAAGAUGAAUGUAUCAGUGCCCCCCACUGUCAAACAUUUCUCAAUUUUUUAAAUUUUUUUUUGGAGUGCAGGCACCAAGAAUGUACAUGAGAUUAUGGUGAGAUUAUAUGGCCACGGAUUAAAACAGCAGCCACAGUUGCCCAACAGAACUGUGUGCUGCGCUGCUGCUACGAAACACAUUUUAAAACAUGAAAUGAAAACGCACGCUACCCCAGCGAUGAGCUACCGCGAAGGUGAAAGACAGCCCAGAAAAGAGGAGUUGUGAACUGGUUCAGCAGAUAAUACUAGCAGGCUGAGUGUAAAGCGACUAUAUUGGUUCAGGGAAUAAUGUUAGUUUUAUGUUUACAUGCCAUUUUUUUGCAUGUGUAGUCACUAAUUAGGAACCUAUUACCUGCCUCCAGUAUUUCAGGGGAACCAUUCCCGUGGGACACACCCUAGAGAGGCAAGGGGAGGCGGGUGGAGUGUCUGUGAGAUUGUGAGACAGCUCGAGGGGCGGAAGGAGCAGCACACAGCUCCAUGUAUAUUCCUGGGAAUGUUUCUGAUUUCUCCACACUGCUGUUUCAGCUUCUGAAUA